AUGACCCUACCCCUAACCCCGGAGAUGGACGUGGGGUAUACCCCUGAUAACCAUGACCCUACCCCUAACCCCGGAGAUGUGGGAUAUAUCCCUGAUAACCAUAACCCUACCCCUAACCCUGGGGACGUGGGGUAUACUCCUGACAGCCAUAACCCUACCCCUAACCCUGGGGAUGAGGUGGUUAAUAACAAUUUGAGCCCUACCUGGGAACCCUUCCGCGUCUCCCUCCACUCGCUGUGCAGCUGUGACCCGGACAAGACCAUCCGGUGCGUCGUUUACGACUAUAACACCAGCGGGAAACACGAUUACAUCGGUGAAUUCACCACGACCUUCCGUGAAAUGCAGGAGGUUUCCUCAGGGAAGGAGGCUGCUCCGCUCUCGCCCUUCCAGGUGGAAAAGGUUCACACCUUUCUGGAUUACAUCAUGGGCGGGCUGCAGAUCUACUUCUCGGUGGCGAUUGACUUCACGGCCUCCAACGGGGACCCGCGCAGCGAGCACUCGCUGCAUUUCAUCAACCCCAAGGAACCCAACGAGUACCUCAAGGCGCUGUCCGCCGUGGGCGAGAUCUGCCAGGACUACGACAGCGACAAGAAGUUCCCAGCCUUUGGAUUUGGGGCGCGGAUCCCCCCGAACAACGAGGUCUCCCACGAUUUCGCCAUCAACUUCGACCCAGACAACCCGGAGUGCGAACGGAUCUCGGGGGUGAUCGAGGCCUACAAACGGUGCCUGCCCCAGAUCCAGCUGUACGGCCCCACCAACCUGGCCCCCAUCAUCAAGCGGGUGCUGGCCCCCGUCAGCGAGGAAGAGGACACCGGGCAGCCCAUGUCCCUCUGGCUCCGUCGCACCCUCUCCGCCUUGGCCUCCUCUGACCGGCUCCGCCUUGCCCCCUCCGGCUCCGCCCUCCUCUGA